UGUAACCCUUUGUCGUGCCCUCAGGGAUUGCCUGGUGCACCUGGAAAAUCCGGCGAAGACGGUCUUCCUGGGCUACCAGGUAACCCUGGAUCAGCUGGCAACGAUGGCUACGACGUUGAGCUGGCACCUGAAGACGAUCUACCAUGUACAAUUUGUCCGAGUGGUCCACCUGGACCAAGGGGACCACAAGGUGAAAGAGGCAUGCCCGGAUUUCCAGGAAUUCGUGGAGAAAGCGGUAGCCCAGGAAAACCUGGAGUGGAUGGUCCAAUGGGUAUGGAAGGAUUCCCAGGCUCUCCCGGAUCGGAUGGCCCAAUGGGAAACGUUGGUGAACCUGGAGAUACGGUGAUAGCUGGCAUCGGAAUCAAGGGUCCCACUGGACCCCCUGGGCCACAAGGAAUGAAGGGGAAACCGGGGCCUAAUGGGAAAGCUGCGAAGGAGAUGGGAUCAGCGGGAACCCCUGGAGAAUCAGGCUCAAGCGGUCCCCCGGGGGAAAUUGGAAUACCUGGAGACGAAGGACCAUAUGGACCACCAGGAGAUCCAGGUAUGCCUGCAUCUUACUGCCCUUCGGAUUGUGGCGUAUCUCAAGUUCUCGCACCUCCUCUUCACAUGAGGAAGGAAUACAAUUACGUGGACGGCUAUAGAGUAAAAUUAGUCAAAUAG